GCGCCGUGUCCCCGGGCUUGUCUCACGGCUCCAGCCGCUGCCGCUGCCGUGUUUACUGAGCUCGCGCGUCCUGAUAUCACUCCGCUGGCAUGGAGGAGGAGGAGGAGGUGGAGGAGCGAGAGGAGGAGGAGGAGGCGGCGGCGAGCAGUUGAUCAUUGUGAUGGUGGCAGGAGCAGCGGCGGCAGCGGCAGCCCAGCCGAGCGUUAGGGGCUGCUCUCCGCGCGGCGUUUUGCAAAGGACUUCACCGAUCUACUUUUGCAGUCGCCUCGGACUGUCCAUGUGUUUACUUCCCCCAGCCCGAGGAUCCGAUAUCUAGGCUCCUGUGAAAUGCAACUGAGCAGCCAAAGUACUUUGAGAACACGGGGCGGCAUAAACACCAAAACUUUUUUGUGGAAGGAAAAUGCAAUAAGCAAGCUUGCCGUUUUCCGAUGCGGUGUGGAGUGAGUGUGUGUCGCGCGUGUCCGCACUGGAGGCAGAUGCUUGUGUGUGUACAUGGGGUGUGUUUUUCGGUACGUAGGGAGAAAAUGCGUGCCAACCACCGGAAAUCUCCUGGAAUUUAUUAGAAAAUAAUGGAUUAUAAAAAGAAGGCAGGCGAGGAGCGGAUCUCCCCUUGAGUUGCAACCCGAUUUGCUGCUGGCUCAGUUUGUUGUGAUUCUUUUUGUUGAUAGGUGUCUGAUGGUAUUCCGAUAACAACCCCCCCUCUUUUUUUCCCUGGAGCUUUACAGUUUAAAAAAGGAAACAAAAAAAAACCACCCCAAAAUCUCUUCCCCCCCUUUUUUUUUUCUUCGCCCCGUCGGGAUCGCUGUUUCCAUCCAUGUGUUUGCGUCUCCCCCGCGUUCCACUUAAACUAUUUUAAUCCUUGGACCCAAGGAGGAGGCUGAUAGGGGGGUGGAUAAAAAAAGUUCUUCCAAAAUAGUGUGCCCGGGGAGCAGGAUGGGGGAUUUCGCAGCCCCCGCUGCUGCCGCGAAUAGCAGUAGUAUUUGCAUCAACAGUAGCCUGAACAGCAGCCUCGGCGCGGCCGGGAUCGGUGUGAAUAAUAGUACUCCCGCUGCUCCGAAUAGCAAUCACCCCGCUGCCGGCGGCGGCGGCGGCUCCGGGGGCCCCGGCGGCAGCUCGGCCGUCGUUCCCAAGCACAGCACGGUGGUCGAGCGGCUCCGCCAGCGCAUCGAGGGCUGCCGGCGGCACCACGUCAACUGCGAGAACAGGUACCAGCAGGCUCAGGUGGAGCAGCUGGAGCUGGAGCGCCGGGACACCGUGAGCCUCUACCAGAGGACCCUGGAGCAGAGGGCCAAGAAAUCAGGCGCCGGCACCGGCAAGCAGCAGCACCCCAGCAAACCCCAGCAAGAUGCGGAGGCUACCUCGGCUGAGCAGAGGAACCACACACUGAUCAUGCUGCAAGAGACUGUAAAAAGGAAGCUGGAAGGAGCCCGGUCACCCCUCAAUGGAGACCAGCAGAAUGGUGCUUGUGACGGGAGUUUCUCUCCAACAAGCAAGAGAAUGCGAAGGGACAUUGCCGCGGGGAUGGAAGCCAUCAACAACUUGCCCGGCAACAUGUCACUGCCUCCAGCUUCUCCUCUCCACCAACUUGACCUGAAGCCUUCUUUGCCCUUGCAGAACAGUGGCACUCACACCCCUGGGCUUCUAGAAGAUCUAAGUAAGAACGGUCGGCUCCCCGAGAUUAAACUUCCUGUCAAUGGCUGCAGCGACCUGGAGGAUAGCUUCACCAUCUUGCAGAGCAAGGACCUCAAACAGGAGCCUCUAGAUGACCCCACUUGCAUAGACACAUCAGAGACAUCGCUUUCUAAUCAGAACAAGCUCUUCUCAGACAUCAACCUGAAUGACCAGGAGUGGCAAGAAUUAAUUGAUGAGUUGGCCAACACGGUUCCCGAAGAUGACAUACAGGACCUGUUCAAUGAAGACUUCGAAGAGAAGAAGGAGCCAGAAUUCUCACAGGCAACCACAGAGACCUCUCUGUCCCAAGAGAGCGUGAGUGUGAAGAGCGACCCGUCUCACUCUCCUUUUGCACAUGUCUCCGUGGGCUCUCCCCAGGCCAGGCCUUCAUCUUCUGGUCCUUCCUUUUCUACAAUCUCCACAGCCACUAGCCUACCCUCAGUGGCCAGCACUCCUGCGGCCCCAAACUCUGCCAACUCACCAGCCAACUGUGCUGUGCAGUCCCCUCAGACUCCAAACCAAGCCCACACGCCUGGCCAAGGGCCACCUCGGCCCGGCAACGGUUAUCUCCUCAAUCCAGCAGCAGUGACGGUGGCAGGGUCAGGGUCAGGCCCUGUGGCUGGGCCCAGCUCCGACAUGUCUCCAGCAGAGCAGCUCAAACAAAUGGCUGCCCAGCAACAGCAAAGGGCCAAGCUCCUGCAACAGAAGCAGCCACCACAGCAGCACUCAAACCAGACUUCCAGAUGGUCUCCCCUGGGGCCUCCAUCCAGUCCAUAUGGAGCAGCCUUUACUGCAGAAAAACCAAAUAGCCCAAUGAUGUACCCCCAAACCUUUAACAGCCAAACCCCGAUAGUGCCUGCGAUGGCCAGCAACCUGCAGAAGACCACAAUGAAUAACUACCUCCCUCCAAAUCACGUGACUAUGAUCAAUCAGCAGCCAAAUAACUUGGGUACCAGCUCCUUGACCAAACAGCACAAUGUUCUCACUUACGGCAACACUAAACCUCUGACCCAUUUUAACGCAGACUUGAGUCAGACAAUGACGCCCCCAAUGGCCAACCCUAACAAGACCCCCUUGAUGCCAUAUAUCCAGCAGCAACCACCCCAACAACCUCAGCAGCCCCCUCAGCAGCAGCCGCCACCUCCACCGCAGCUCCAGGCUCCCAGGGCACACCUGAGUGAGGACCAGAAACGCAUGCUUCUCAUGAAGCAGAAAGGAGUGAUGAGUCAGCCCAUGGCCUACGCUGCACUUCCAUCCCACGGUCAGGAGCAGCACCCAGUGGGGCUUCCCCGGAGCACAGGCCCCAUGCAGUCCCCCAUGCCCCCAGGCUCCAGUGGCCUGGUCUCUGGAGCCAGCCCCGCAGGCCCCGGCUUCCUGGGCAGCCAGCCUCAGGCCGCCAUCAUGAAGCAGAUGGUGAUGGACCAGCGGGCACAGUUCCUGCGGGAGCAGAGGCAGCAGCAGCAGCAGCAGCAGAUUCUGGCUGAGCAGCAGUUACAGCAAUCACAUCUGCCCCGACAGCACCUCCAGCAGCAGCGGAGUCCGUACCCAGUGCAGCAGGUCAAUCAGUUUCAAGGCUCACCCCAGGACAUAGCAGCCGUGAGAAGCCAGGCAGCCCUACAGAGCAUGCGAACGUCACGGUUGAUGGCACAGAAUGCAGGCAUGAUGGGAAUGGGAGCCUCCCAGAACCCAGGGACAAUGGCCACAGCAGUGGCCCAGUCAGAAAUGGGACUGACCCCUUAUAGCACUGCUCCUACCAGCCAGCCCGGAAUGUACAACAUGAGUACAGGGAUGAGCCCAAUGCUGCAGCACCCAAACCAAAGUGGCAUGAGUGUCACCCACAACCAAGCCCAGGGACCGAGGCAGCCUGCCUCUGGCCAGGGUGUAGGGAUGGUAAGCAGCUUUGGCCAGAGCGUGCUGGUGAACUCAGCCCUUACCCAGCAGCAUCAGCAGAUGAAAGGACCAGUGAGCCAGGCCUUGCCUAGGCCUCCAGGCCCUCCAAGGCUGCAGAGCAUCAUGGGAACAGUCCAGCAAGGAGCACAAAGCUGGCAACAGAGGAGCUUGCAGGGGAUGCCUGGGAGGACUAGUGGAGAAUUGGGUCCCUUCAACAAUGGUGCCAGCUACCCACUUCAAGCUGGCCAGCCAAGACUGAGCAAGCAGCACUUCCCACAGGGACUGAGCCAGUCAGUCAUGGACGCUAACACUGGCACAGUGAGAGCCCUCAACCCAGCUACCAUGGCCCGGCAGAUGAUGUCCCCGCUCCCAGGACAGCAAGGCACCAGCCAAGCAAGGCCAAUGGUCAUGUCUGGCCUGAGCCAGGGUGUCCCUGGCAUGCCAGCAUUUAGCCAGCCCCCAGCACAGCAGCAAAUACCCAGUGGUAGCUUUGCUGCCAAUAGCCAGAACCAGGCCUAUGAGCGAACCCCACCUCAGGACAUGUCAUACAAUUAUAGUGGCGAAGGUGCUGGGGCUUCCUUCCCCGGCCUCCCGGACAGUGCAGACCUUGUAGACUCCAUCAUCAAAGGUGGGCCAGGAGACGAGUGGAUGCAAGAGCUCGAUGAAUUGUUUGGUAACCCCUAGUCAGGGGGGGGUCAUGGGAGCCACAACUAUAGUGGUGAAAAAUUCACAAGUAAAAAAAGAAACAGGAUGUUGACCCAUCCUUGUUUUUUGUUUUUUUGACCCACGUAAACUGAGCAAAACUGCAGCUGGCUGACAGUGGGAGACCCAGGUGUGGUGCCCCAGCCCUAGGGGGCCUCAUUGCACCUGAUUUUCACACAGCAAUCGAGGGGAGAUCCAUGCACAUCCCUGCUGCAGAGAAGGGACCCCAAAGGCAGGUGGGGAAGACGAAGCAGCCAGAGGCCCUCUGCCCAGCGUCCCUGUGACCCAGCAAGAGCUGCUCCGGCCCAGAGGGACUGUGGCCCAAGACAAAGUCCUCUAGGCCCUCCCGUUCCAGGUCCUGAGACUGCAGCUUUGGAGACGAAGACGGAGCCUCGGGCAGGGAGAGCCCUGCAAAGGCUGCUGAGUGACGGACAGGCCACGUGCACAGGUCAGAAAGACACUGAACACUGAGUGGAAAGAGAUGUACACAUCCGGCACGCUCCUGUGUUUGGAGCACAGACUGGAAGAAAGCCAGUCCUGGGGAGAUGACCUGUUUCCUGCCCUGGGAGGACCCUCAGGAAUGACAAGUCUUUGCUGCUCGCCCCCUCACCAGGACAGGCGAUGGAGCUUGAGAGGGGCCCAUCCAGCAGCCCAAGGUGGGCAGCCCUCAGCCAGUGGCCAGGUGGCCAUCAUUCUGGGUUGGGCUGGAGCCUCCUGGGGUCCCCAUACAAUAUGAUACAUCCAGGUGGUUCUCAUCUGCUUCUGGUGGCCACACGGUGGAGAGACCCUUGUGUGUCUGUCACCUGGGCACUUCCUCCUCCAGCCCUGCCUCUGUUCCUCUUUGCUUCUCCUGACAGACUCUUCAAGGAGUGAAGCGUUGGGGGCAGAGUCAAAAUAAAUGCAGGAGGAACUUACACAAUGACUGAAACACAAAGGCAACGCUGGAGUUUUCUUUCUCUACCACAUAUUUGAAUGAAUGUCCCUACUGGAACUGAGUGGGCCGUGUUCACAUCCGGGUGUGGUUUAUAUGAGUCAUAUCCAAUGCUUUAUAUCUCCAGGGAGGAAUGGCCUGGAAGUCACCAGUUCUGGCUCCUGUUGGGAAAAUCCCAGGGGUGACUCUCUAAAAUUGGCCUUGUUUCAUCACCACUAUCAUCAGAAAGACAAAUAUAAAACCCUAGAGAUGGAGAAGCAGAAAAAUCAAUAGCUCUACCUUACGAAUUUGGAUGAUAAAGGGGAGAAGAUAUGGUUCCUUUCCUAAGGGCAAAGUAACCCACUUCAAAAUUUCUGUAUAGUUGUUCUCUGUAAGUCAUUCAUCUACCCUAAGUGAGGUCGUGGGAAGGAAUCCACAGCUCCAAUCUAUAGGCUUGUCUCUCGGUCUUUGCAUCCCCUUGCACAGUACCAUUUUGGAGGCCAUGUGUCACAAGCAUUGUCCAUAGCAUGUACUUUCCUUCUGCCCCCGCCGCCAACCCUGGUCCCACAUGCAGGCUCCAUUCUGUGCAUUCACACGCACCUAUCUCCUCAUGGAAGACAAGAGCCUGUGGGGGCUGGACUGGCUGGACCCAGGGAAGUCAGAGAAGACAAGCUCUCCUGGACAGCUGGAGCAGAGGCUGUGGAGGGGUGGCAGGCAGGCAGCAUUGCCCUUGACUUGCUCUUCUUAUGCCAAGGGUUCCAGACCUGCUCAUCAAGGGGCAGGAAGUGAAGCCAGAGGUGUCAGGUUAUUGGACUGUGUGCCCUGUCCGAAGAGGUGGUGGCGUGGGUGACCGUGAAGUCCCUGAAUGGAGAAGCAUGCCACCAGGGAAAUUCUGAGUGGAACAGAUGAAAACCAAAAAAAAAAAAAAAAA